CCGCGCCGACGCAGCUCGCCCGAUGCCCAAGAAAGAGAAGGCCAGCGAAGGCGCCAUCGUUGUCGCUGAGCAGGACGGCAAGCUGUCAAAGAAGGAUGCCAAGACGCUCGAGGACCGCGAGAUGAACGAGAUGAUGGCUGCGAUGGGCCUUCAAAAGCCAAAGCACGUCGGCACCGCGACGGUCAACGGCCUCGGCCUCGCCGCCGGCGGGAUCGCCGCCGGGGCCGUCUCGCUGGUUGCGCUGCCGUACGCCGGCGCCAAAAAGUCCGGCGUCCGAGGCUUUCUCGGUGGCGCUGUCGGCGGGCUCGCGGCGGCCGCUGCACUGCCGGUGGCCGGCGCGCUGACGGGGGCGACGCAGGUGGUACGCGGCGCGGCGCAGACGCCGAAGGCCAUCUACGAGGCGUCGCAGGGGAAGACGUGGUCCGCCUCAGACCGGCGCUGGAUCCACUACUCCCUACCGGACGAGCUCGAGAGGCUCGACGAGGAGGACGCGGAGAUGAAGGAGUUUGUCGCGGCGCGCCGGCGCGCGGCGGCGGCGGCGCGGCAGGCGAAGCGUGUCGAGCGGCGCGCGGCCAAGCUGCGGGAACGGGAGGCGGCGGCGGCGCGCGGCGAGGAAGGGGGCGACGCCGGCGGCGAGGCCGGCGAGGCCGGCGCCGCUGCCGGCGACAAGAGCAAGAAGAAGAAGAAGGUGGGCGCGGAGGAGGGCGGCGACAGCUCGGGGGACGACGACGCGGCGCAGGAUUUGGCAUACUACGAGAUCCUGGAGGUGGACCGCGAGGCCGAGGCGGCCGAGAUCAAGCGCUCCUACCUCAGGCUCGCCCGCCGCAUGCACCCCGACAAGAACCCGGACGACCCCGAGGCGCAGCAGAAGUUCCAAAAGCUGGGCGAGGCGUACCAGGUGC